GUGAUCUUUGUUUUUGUGUACAUAUUAAUGAGUAGGCGGGGCGGAGUCUCGCGCUCCUGCAUGUGUAUCAAGGGUUGCACACUGACUGAUGUGCAUGCUGAAAGCGUUAUUUUGUGUGCAAAGCUGGUCUAAGUAACGUGGGAUUCACUUUUUAUUGACGGAAUUUUAUGGGAGAGUACAUUUGUUUUUAAAGAAAAUCGCGUGUCGUUCGUUUCUUGUUGAUAAAAUGUGAUGGGCGGCGACGGGAGUAAAAAUAAGGAAUCAGCAUCAGUGGUGAAGAGGAGAUCCCUGUCAUGUCAUCAGGGCUUCCUGUCUCUCCCGGCUCAGCUCGUUCAUCACAGUCUAUUGAGACGCAGCGCCCGGCACAGAGAAUACCCCGUCUCUGUGCAGUCAAACCCUGAGGGGCCUCGUCUAGAGUUUAUUUCCAUUUUCUUGCCAGAAUUUCCUCACAGGUUUACUGGCCAUAAGCAUUUACAGAUUCUUGGUUUUGUAGCUAAAGGCUCGUUUGGCCCAAUCCUGAAGGUGAAGGACAUGUCUAAAGAUGAGACCUAUGCUAUUAAGGUUUUACCCAAAGCUGAGGUUUUGAGAAAUGGAGUCCUCCAGCAGUCCAAAGAGGAGGUGAUAAUUCAACGUCAAGUCAGACAUCCUUUCCUCCUCAGUCUCCGGGACUGUUGGCAGAGCCAGAGCAAUCUCUUCAUCAUGUGUGAUUACUGCAGCACUGGCGAUCUCUAUACUUACUGGACCCUGAAGGGCCGCUUUGAUGAGAGAGAUGUUCGAGUGUUUGCUGCCGAGUUGGGCUCUGCUUUGGGCUUUUUGCAUGACUUUGGAAUAAUGCAUAGGGAUGUGAAGAUGGAAAACAUACUUCUGACUGAUAAAGGUCACCUCCGCUUGACUGAUUUCGGGCUGUCUCGCCGUCUUGAGCAUGGGGAUAGAGCUUAUACUAUCUGCGGCACAAUACAGUACAUGGCUCCUGAGGUCCUGAGCGGCGGUCCGUACAGCCACGCUGCAGACUGGUGGUCUCUUGGUAUUCUUCUCUAUGCUCUAGCCACUGGAGGGUUUCCUCUGCCUGCGGAAGCAGAUCACUGUGAUAUGCUGACCAGUGUCAGUGAGUGUCCAUAUGACAUGCCUGCAAGCCUCAGUCCAGCUCUGGCCUUCCUGCUCAUAGAGCUUCUGUGCAAGAUCCCUACACGUCGCUUACGCUGCCUGGAGCUCUUCCAAGGCCAGAAGUUUUUCCACGGCAUGUCUUUUGACUCCCAGCUGCUGCAGAAAAGUCCCAUUGAGCCAAUCCUCGAGCUGAAGAAUCAUCCAGACCGACCGGAAAGAUCAAUGCGAGGUUUAUCAUUAGACCUGCUUCAGAGUAUUGAGUGUGACCUACUGAACUCUCCAUCCACCCCUGCAGAUUUGUCUCCUACCUAGAUAAAGAUUAAAGGGAUAUUGUAG